CAGCAAAAAUGAGGAGGUAAAAAUUUUAUUUUUGUCCAAUCGAUUUUGGUGCAAAACAACUCCGAGGAGAAAGCAAUAUAUUUUGAAGGGCUUUUCGGCCGCGUUAACUGCAGCAAAAAAUCUUUACACCUGUAGUUUGAUAUUAACAUUCGGCUGUGCUCGUUCCGCUUCACGAUUGGUCUAUUUUUCAUGUUAAUUGCUCACUUUCGUUUACUUUGUUCCCGCCGUCCAAUGAAUUUACUCGAAACUAAAAAAAACCUUUGCAUGAUCAUUCUCGCCAAUAAAGGAAUAACAGAGAGCGACCUUGUUUGUAAUUCGGAAGCUUGAAACGAAAGGAACAGCUUCAGAACAUUUUAAAUCAACUUUCCAGUGGCAAUAUGGAUAGAACGCAGAUGUUGAAAACGGUUGAAAGUUUGAGAGAUCAGCUGCGAAUUUCACGGCUUCCCGUCUCUAUAUGUAGCAACGAGCUGAAGGAGUAUUGCACACAAAAUGGCACAAAAGAUCCUCUUAUUCACCCUCCCGAAAGACGAGAAAAUCCCUUUGCAGAGAAGCAGAAAUGUACUAUACUUUGACUAACCGGGACAAGUCACCUAAAAGGAAGAAAUGAAGGGUUUUACUCAUAAAAAUGGAAAAUUUCAGACAAUCUGUUGUUAUUGAGAAGCUGUUAAAUUUAGCCCGAGAGGACAACAUUAACUGACAAUGGUUAUGUACAUGAAUCCCUCAGAUCAGUUGUGCAUGGAUCUUAAAAAGGAAUCUGGUGUUCCGAUCUGUUUUAAAAGAGUAGUUUUUGGUGUUUUUGCAUCGUUAACACGUACAUGUACAGAGGCCUGUUUCCCUGCGUUAGUUUUUAUUUAUUCUAAUUCAUUGAAUUUAUGGUUUCGAACUUUCCUUGAACCAUCAUGAUCAUGUGUUAUGAAUUGUAAACAUCCCGCAGAGAGUUUGGCAAUCGAUUGCAAAUUUAUGUGCGACGUUGAUCCAUCGCCGAUCAUCUGUGUUCAGAUAGGAAACCAUUAGCGCCUUAUCGUUUUUGCCUCAUUGCAGAAUACUUUAAACCGAAAAUUAGGUUAUAUAAAAUAAAGGAAAUUUUAAAGAUAAAAUUGCAUUAAAGGAAUUGGUUUGCGAAGUGGUAGACGAUUUCACUGAACUCAAUUUGCUGUUUUUUGAUUAAAAUACGCACUCAGAUGUUUUGAUUUGUAAAUCGGUUUAUUUCCAAAUAAUUUAAUCAGAGUUAUCUGUUUUAUCAUGGAAUAACGAGCAAUACAUGCGGUAUGAAUUCAUAUCAAGACUAACAAAAUAAACACUAUAGUAGUAUAAGUUAACAUUGUGUAGGCUUAAUUCAAAUUUACCGUGUGAGCAACCUGACCAAGGCGAAAGUAUUAUUCCGCUAUAGGUCUUAAAUUUGUCCUCUGCUUUGAGAUAGAAAAAAGAAAAAAACAAAACAAAACAAAAUGCAAAACAAAACCGACAUUGAUAGAAAUAGGAAUGACUGUUCUUUCGUUUGGGCCAGUUGUAGUGAAAAACCACCUCGAAAAUGGUUGCCCGCGUGCGCUUUAUAAAUCUUAUUUAUCGAGCCGGGCUGUACACCUAGAAUAUCGGCCCUAGGGCUUGAUAGAACGGAUCCGCUCAGCCAAGCCCGAUUUUAAAAGACUGUUCGAGUCCCGAUUUUCUCCGGGUACUGUCCUAAGCAAACUUUGGGAUUUGUACCUUCCAUAACUUGAAGACUUAUUAGAGAUGUAAAAACCUUACUCGGUAGACUUACAAGAAGAUAUUGGACCGGCAAUGGGACGUUCUGAUUGGUUGGUUUAAGCGAUUGGCCCUCUUAGCCGUUUUAGUCGUGCAAUAAGUGGAUUAUUGCCCCGUUUUUUUGCAUAACUCUUUGUGAUGACAAUAUCAACAAAUGGUAAUAUUUGAAAAGACAGAUUCUAAGAUACUUGUUCUGCAAUUGAACAAAGGACGAAUGUUCUUCUAUAACGUGGCUCAGUUCUCCAUGUUUACACUCCACAAAUAUUGCAGAAAGACUUGGACAGAUUCUGCGAAGCAUUCAUCGAAAAAUUCCUCAAAUCAAACGAGGGUAACAUAGGAUGACAGACAAUGGCUAGGCAGAUUAGCUGGCUAUUGAAAGAAAAAGUUUGGCAGAGAAAUUGGACUUUGAUUUAUAAAAGUGCGAGUGAAGGGUCUGAUUGGCUCUGACUGGCAACUGCCUCUGGUAAGCCGGAAGCCAUACGAGGGAAAGAGAGAAUCGUUGAUCUAAACAUAGAUAUUAUUAAUUAAAACGCGUGUGUCAGGAUACAAACUCAGUGAAAGAGUUGAAUGUGACGAAUGAGUCUUUUAUUCACCUCAGACAAAAUAGUGAAAAGUUUGCGUGAGAAAAUCCGCUCUACUGAUAAGGGAAGAAAGUUCAGGUCACGUAGCUCGCUUUGCGUCUUAUAAACUAAAUAAAUAAAUAAAUAAAUAUACAUUUAUAUAGCGCCAUUUUCCACUAAUUGUCCAUGGCGCUUUACAAUACUUUAAAAUUAAAAUCCUAAACGUCCGCUACUGUUCGGAAAAUAUCAGUCCGCGCUGAAAAAGAAUACAGGUGGCGCGUUUAACCUGAAGGAAAAUAUAUUAUAAAUAAAACGAGGAAAGAAUUCGGAACUGAUA